UACACCCCUCCCACCCAUCCUGCCUUUUCUCCCCACUGUUGUUGCCCGUUUUGCUCACAUCUGGGGACCUGGUGGCCCACGUGUCCCUGUGCCUGGGGUGCCCCAUAGGCCCCCGGGGGGCUGGAGGUGGGUAUGGGACAGGGGACCCUCCUGCUGGGCUGGGCCACCAGCACAGGGAGGCACCCAUUUUGCUCCUGCACCCCUUCCCUGCCCCACAUCUCCUCUGGCUGCAGGUUUGCAUGCACCUUCUCUAUCCUUAUAUGCCCUAUACAUCCCUGAAAAGUCCCCGGCCCUGCCCUAUAGCCCAUGGUGUCCCCAGCUGUGCUCUGUAGAUCCCUGAAAGGCCUCCAGCAGCCUGCAUCUCCUCCUGCUUCUUCCCAGCAGCUUGGAUCUCCUCCUGCUCUUCCCUGGGAGCCUGGAUCUCCUCCUGCUUCUUCACAACACCCUGGAUCUCCUCCUGAUCUUCCCAGCACACUGGAUCUCAUCCCAGUGGAAGAGGAACCCAGGUAGACAGCCAGAUCUGGCCAUACCUCAGGAUCAGUACAUGCUUCUGUCCACCAUCCCUAUGCACAUGGAGCACAGCAGCUGCCCCUGCCUUCCAGCCUUCUCCAUCCACACCCUCGGGGGAUGUUGUGUAGGACGCAAAGUACGUGCCCCACCUGUGAUGCUGGAGAUGGUGCUGGAGAUGCCCCACCACAAGUUCCCUGCCAGUGUGCACGUGGCAUCGUCUGCACCAGCUGAGUUCAGGGGGCCAUCUGAAAUGCUUGCUCUUAACCCUGCUCCUUCAUGACUCUUGUUCUGCCUUCCUCGGGGCAGGAGGCUGCUCCAAGCACAUAUAAUGCUGGUGUGGUGUGCUCAGGUAGCUGUCGUUCCUCUGCUGAUGAUCUCCUGGGUACCAGGGUACAGGAGCUCUGCAGCCAGUUUUCCUUGCUUCUCUCCAGCGAAGUUCUUUCCUCGUGGGAGUCCUCAAAUCUCUGAGUGAAGAUAAAGGCUGAACCUGUGGGGAUCCAUCCUCUGUCUCCUGUCCAACACUUGCUUUCUCUGAUCUGAACACAGUACUUGAGGUUUGACACGAUGAUCUCAGAGGUCCCUUCCAACCAUGGUGGUGAUUCUCCAUCGCUAGGUCCAGCACCACAAGGCGACCCCUCUCCACCUGCAGAGCCAGGCUGUGGGGAGACAAUAACUGUGACCACCGAGAAGAUGCCGGCGUGGUGUGCCUGGAUUCUGUUGCCAUGAGAGCUCCGCGGCCUCUGCCGCCGCUCCCGUUGCUGGUCCCAGUCAUCCCUCCGGUCUCCGUGCUGCUCUGUGGGGCUCUUCUGUACCUCAGGAGGUGGCAAACGCAGCGCAGGGCUUUUAAUUUCCCCCCAGAUUUUGUGCACAUGGAGGAGGAGCUUGUUGCAUCUGACACAUACAUCUCAACACCUGGAGAAGAGCAAGCAGCAGUCAAGGUGGCUCCUGCUGGGAAGAGAGCUUCUUCUCAAGAAAAGAGCUCAGCACAGCCCAGGCAUAAAACUCCGAGAUGCAGCUCCACUGCAGCACACAGCUCUUUCUCUAAGGGCCCUGAGCCACCUCGUCUCUAGAUCCACAGCCUGUCUCCAUGCCCACCUCGUUCAGGUACCCUGAGGGACAGACAGUCUGCACGAAGAAGAAGACAUUUUAUGUGUAGAAAUUUUAAAUUUCUUUUUUUUUUCAAAUUUCUCUUCCAAUUUUUUUUUUUUUCAUUUCUGAAAAUAGAAACAUUCUCUAAGACUCAAGCAGUGUUUUACUCCUGGAAGUUUUUCUCCUUUUUUUUAAAAAAAUUUUUUAAUAACCAGUCAGUGGAGGCUGCAUAGCUUACCCCGAAGUAUCCGCCAGGGGCUUGUUUCCCUACAGCCCUGAAGCUGAGCCAUUUUGCAAACUCCACAUGAAAGCUCAGUUUAGGCCUCAUGCAGAUUUUUAGAGCCAUCUGAGAUGCCCCAGUUCUCAGACAUUGACAUGGGACUGGAAAACAUGGCAAAGGACCUACAGUUCACUAGGUGCGUGGGAGGAACUGAAUCUCACUGACCUGUUCCAUCUGCUGUAUUCCCAAACAUGCUCCUGUGCCUUGUGUCCUUGGACAUCGGUCUCUUGGGUCGCCUCAGAGGACAGGGGGUUCUUGAGAAAGGCUUGGAGGGCAUGGAGGUGCAAGUCUGCCACGCAGAGGGAUGCUUGCAGGAGGUUUAAGAAGCUCUGGUCGUAGAAAUAAGGACCAGGCACCACCACGGCUCCUGCCAACCCAAGUGAGGGACUACGAGCAGCCGAGCAGGACCCCAUGCAGGUGCCCUGCUGUGUGUUGGCAGGACAGUCCUCACCAGGAAAAUAGAUAGGUAGCCAACCAUAGGGAAGGACAAUGAGUGAUGUGAUCAAUCCAGAGGCUCUGCUGGGGUAAAAGCAUGAACAUCUGCAAGGUGGGGGAAGAGGAGAAACAGGGGAUCCAACACUGGGUCACAGGGGCAUAGAGGAGGAAGACUUGGAGUGUCCCAAGAGGAUUGACCAAGCUGGAAAACAGAAGAGGGCUUGCAUGAUGUGUGGGAAGUAUCUGCCAUGGGAAACGAGGAGUGCAUGAAGAUCCCAAAAAGGCCAAAAGCUUGGAGAACUAAUGAGUAAAAAGUUGCUCCUACAGCAUGCGGGACACUCGCAAAGGAGGAUCAGGCAAGACUACAGCCAAGUCUGUGGCUGUGCACCCGGCUGGGCUCGCAGCUCGCCCUGGGACGGUCACUUCUCCUACGGCACGUGUGAUGGCCAUGGGGUUGUCGGGACGUUGCCUCCUGUCCCUCCACAGCGGCCUGGCUGGCUUCGCUGGAGCAGGACUCCUCAUCUACCUGGCAUGCCUCUGUGGCCCGGUUGCUGCCCAGCGGGCUCCCCUCCGCCUGUCAGACGGCCCGCACCGCUGUGCCGGCAGGGUUGAGGUCUUCUACGAGAACCAGUGGGGAACGGUGUGCGACGACCACUGGGACCUGGAGAACGCCGGCGUGGUGUGCCGGCAGCUGGGCUGCGGCCCGGCGCUGUCGGCCCCCGCGGCCGCGCAUUUCAGGGCAGGGUCGGGUCCCAUCUGGCUGGACGACGUCAGCUGCACGGGGACGGAGGCCGCCCUGUCCUACUGCAGGUCGAAGGGCUGGGGAAACAACAACUGCCACCACGGUGAAGAUGCCGGCGUGGUGUGCUCAGACUCAUCCAGCCCUGCUAUGGACACCCCAGCUGGUCCUGCAGAACUCCGCCUGGUGGGUGGCCCGAACCACUGCUCUGGAAGAGUAGAGGUGAUGCACGACCACCAGUGGGGAACCGUGUGCGACGACGACUGGAGCUUCACGGAUGCCAGUGUGGUGUGCCGGCAGCUGGGCUGUGGGGCAGCCAUCUCGGCCUACGGCUCAGCUCACUUUGGCCGGGGAUCGGGCCCCAUUUGGCUGGACAACGUUCAGUGCUCUGGUACCGAAGCCACCCUGUCUGAAUGCCAGGCCAGACCUUGGGGUGUCAACAACUGUGACCAUGGAGAAGAUGCCAGCGCUGUGUGCACAGGAACAGGCACGGCCACCACCAACACACCGGCUCGUCUGCGCCUGGAGAAUGGCUAUGGCCGCUGCGCAGGGCGUGUGGAGGUGUUCUACAACCAUCAGUGGGGGACAGUGUGUGACAGUGGUUGGAGCCUGGCCGAGGCAGCGGUGGUCUGCCGGCAGCUGGGCUGUGGGACGGCCAUGGCGGCCCCCGGCUCGGCUCACUUCGGGGAAGCGUCUGGCCGCAUCUGGCUGGAUCACGUCAACUGCACGGGGACGGAAGCCGCCCUCUCCGAAUGCCAAGCAAGGCCGUGGGGAUCCAACAGCUGCGACCACCGAGAAGAAGCUGGCGUGAUGUGCUCUGGAGAUUCACAUGCGGACCCUUCGGAGCAGCGCCUGCUGCGGCUGGUGAACGGCUCCAACAGCUGCCUGGGGAGAGUCGAGGUCUUUCAUGACCAGAAGUGGGGGACCGUGUGUGACGACUCCUGGGACCUCCAGGACGCUGCUGUUGUGUGCAGGCAGCUGGACUGCGGGGUGGCACUGUCAGCACCGGGCUCGGCUCAUUUCGGACAAGGCUCGGAUCCCAUCUGGCUGGAUGACGUUCAGUGCAGGGGGACCGAGUCCGCGCUCACCGACUGUGAGCUGAGCACCUGGGGAGAGCACAACUGCGGCCACAGCGAGGAUGCUGGCGUGGUGUGCUCGGGCACAAACCCCUUGCAGGUGCGGCUGCAGGACGGCCCCGGUCCCUGCGCGGGGCGGGUGGAGGUGCUCUACAACGCUACCUGGCACGGGGUCUGCAGCAACGGCUGGAGCUUGCUGGAAGCCGAGGUGGUCUGCAGGCAGCUGGGCUGUGGGCCAGCCCAGUCGGCGCCCCUGGGAGCCCAGUUCAGGCAGGAGACCGGCCGUGCCUUGCUGGAGGGGCUGAGCUGCCGGGGGAGCGAGUCCCUGCUCCUGGAGUGCCAGCAGAAGGGGUCCGGGCUGGGGUCCUGCCAGCAGGGCUCGGCGGCCGGCGUGGUGUGCACGAAGCCAAAGGGGGAGCUUCUUCGCCUGGUGGGUGGCCCCGACCGCUGUGCUGGGCGGGUGGAGGUGCUCCACAACGGGACAUGGGGGACGGUGUGUGACGACGGCUGGGGUUCCCCCGAGGGCCAGGUCGUGUGCCGGCAGCUGGGCUGUGGGAGGGUGAUCUCAGUGGCACCAGGAGUUCGGUAUGGAGAAGGAACAGGACAGAUCUGGUUGGACGAGGUCAACUGCACUGGGGAAGAAAGGGACCUCUCCGAAUGCCGAGCCAGACCAUGGGGGGAACACAACUGUCACCACGUGGAGGAUGCCAGCGUGGAGUGCUCAGACUCCAGCAUCAAUGCCCUGGGCACCCUCCACCUGUUCAACGGCCCCAACCGCUGCGCCGGGAGGGUGGAGGUGCUCCACAACCACAGGUGGGGGACGGUCUGCGAUGACGGCUGGGACCUGGUGGACGCGGAGGUCGUGUGUCGGCAGCUGGGCUGCGGCACGGCUCUGUCGGCCACCGGUGGGGCUCGCUUCGGGAGAGGCCACGAUCCCAUCUGGUUGGACGAGGUGAACUGCACUGGCACCGAGGACACCCUCUUCCACUGCCGGGCCAGCAAGUGGGGGGACAACAACUGCUUCCACGGGGAGGAUGCUGGAGUGAUAUGUUCAGCUUCGGGGAUGUCCGUGGCCGCUGAGCUCCGCCUGGCCAACGGUUCGACGCACUGCGAAGGCAGGGUGGAGGUGACCCACAACGGGACCUGGGCAGCCCUGUGUGACGAGGGAUGGAGUCUGGCCGAGGCUCGAGUGGUGUGCAGGCAGCUGGGCUGCGGGAGAGCGCUGUCAGCGCCCGUCGGGUCGCGUUUUGGGCAAGGGCCCGGGCAAACGUGGCCCAACAGCGUGAGCUGCGUGGGCACGGAGACCACCUUCUCCGCAUGCAAGGCAAAGCCCCGGGGCAGCACCGCUUGUCACCAUGGGAGAGAAGCUGGCGUGGUGUGUGCAGGUAACUCUGAGGGCGACCAGGUCCGGCUGGUGAACUCUGGCAGCCGCUGCGCGGGCAGGGUGGAGGUCUUCCAUAACAAGCAGUGGGGAACCGUGUGCGAUGACAACUGGGACCUGCUGGAUGCCGAGGUCGUCUGCCGGCAGCUGGACUGUGGGCGAGCGCUGUCGGCCCCCGGCGCGGGUCAGUUCGGGCGCGGGGUCGGCAUCAUCUGGAUGGACGAGACGAACUGCACGGGGACGGAGAGCGCGCUGUCUGCCUGCCGGGCCCGGCCGUGGGGCAUCAAUAACUGCUACCACGGGGAAGACGCCGGCGUGGUUUGCUCAGACUCCAUCAUCCCUGAGCCAGCUCAGCUCCGCCUGGCAAAUGGCUCGCACCGCUGCGCUGGCAGAGUGGAGGUGUUUCACCAGGAGGAGUGGGGAGCCGUCUGCGACCGUGGCUGGGAUAAGAAGGACGCUGAGGUCGUGUGCCAGCAGCUGGGCUGUGGGACGGCGCUGCCAGCAUCGGAGGGGGUGGACUUCGGCACCGGACCCCUGCGUGUCUUGCUGGACAACGUGAACUGCCAGGGGACAGAGUCGACCCUUACAAAAUGCCAGGCGAGCCCAUGGGGAGAGAGCAGCUGCAGCCAUGGGAAGCACGCCAGCGUGGUGUGCUCAGGCUCAGCUGUUUCCAGCUUUGCCCCAGUCCGGCUGGUGGACGGCCCAGGACACUGUGCUGGGAGGGUUGAGGUGUUUCACAAGGAGAAAUGGGGGACGGUGUGCGAUGACAGCUGGGACUUUGCGGAUGCCAAAGUGGUGUGCCGGCAACUGGGCUGCGGGGUGGUGGUAUUGGCUCCGCGGCGGGCUCACUUCGGCGAGGGACAGGGACCCAUCUGGCUGGAUGACGUGCGCUGCACGGGGACGGAGGCUGCCCUCUCUGAAUGCAGAGCCAAGAGCUGGGGCGUCCACGGCUGUGAGCACGGAGAAGAUGCCAGCGUGGUGUGCUCAGGAUCGGGCAUUUCUGACCUUGGAAGCCUCCGCCUGGUGAACGGCUCAGACUCGUGCUCCGGGAGAGUGGAAGUGUUUCACGAUCAGCGCUGGGGGGGCAUCUGCACCGAUGGCUGGGACCUGGCUGAAGCCCAGGUGGUGUGUCGGCAGCUGGGCUGUGGGGCAGCACACUCGGCUGCGGGGUCUUCCCGGUUUGGGACAGGAGAUGGCCUGAUCUGGGUGGAUGCUGUGGAGUGCACCGGGACAGAGGGGGCCCUCUUCGAAUGCAAGGUCAAGUUCUGGGGCGCCGAGAGCUGCAAGUCGAAGGGGCACGCAGGCGUCUUGUGCUCUGCGGCCGCAGAGCUGGACCUAGGGAGCUCAGAAGUCCUGCGGCUGGUGAACAGCCCGCACCGCUGCGCCGGGAGGGUGGAGGUCUUUCACAACCAGCAGUGGGGGACCAUCUGCGAUGACGGCUGGGACCUGAAGGACGCGGCCGUGGUGUGCCGGCAGCUGGGCUGCGGGACGGCCAUGUCAGCCCCAGGUUCAUCCGGUUUUGGGCAAGGAUCUGGCCCCAUCUGGCUAGAUGGGGUGAAUUGCCUUGGGACAGAAGCCACACUUGCUGAAUGCUCGUUCAAGCCUUGGGGACACCAUGCAUGUAACCACAUAGAAGACGCCAGCGUUGUGUGCUCAGGCUCCGGGAUUGGCAGUAGCCCCAGGCUUCGCCUGGCGGGCGGUUUGAGCGCGUGUGCCGGCAGAGUCGAGGUGUUUUACAACAACGAGUGGGGGACGGUCUGCGAUGACGGGUGGGACCUGAAGGACGCAGCGGUGGUCUGCAGGCAGCUGGGCUGCGGGGUGGCCCUCUCGGCCCCCGGCUCGGCUCGGUUCGGGUGGGGAGCCGGCUCCAUCUGGCUGGAUGAUGUGAGCUGCACAGGGGAGGAAACCGACUUCUUCGAGUGCCAAGCCAAGACGUGGGGCACCCACAACUGCCACCACGGGGAGGAUGCCGGUGUGGUGUGUGCAGCAGGCAACUCCAGCUCAGCCAACCUGCGGCUGGUGAACGGGCCAGGCCGCUGUGCCGGGAGGGUGGAGGUCCUCCACGACGCGCAGUGGGGGACGGUCUGCGACGACGGCUGGGACCUGAACGAUGCAGAGGUGGUCUGCCGGCAGCUGGGCUGUGGCAGGGUCACGGCAGCCCCUGGCCGGGCUCGCUUCGGGCAGGGGACGGGACGCAUCUGGCUGGAUGAUGUGGGCUGUUCCGGGAGCGAGGACACCCUUGCCCAGUGCCGAGCUCGUCCCUGGGGACAGAGUAACUGCAACCAUGGAGAAGAUGCCAGCGUCAUAUGCUCAGACACCAAUGCAACCAACACGUCGACUGUGCGGCUCGUGGAUGGCCCGCAUCGCUGCGCCGGGAGGGUGGAGGUCUUCCACAACCAGCAAUGGGGGACGGUCUGCGAUGAUGGCUGGGACCUGAGGGAUGCGGCGGUGGUGUGCCGGCAGCUGGGCUGUGGUGAGGCCGUCGCGGCCCCGGCAGGGGCUUCCUUCGGGAGAGGGCGAGAUCCAAUCUGGCUGGACAGGGUCGCCUGCAUCGGGGGGGAGAACGCGCUCGGCGAGUGUCGGACCAGGCCCUGGGGAAUCAACAGCUGCAGCCACGAAGAGGACGCUGGUGUGGUCUGCUCAGACCAGGCCAGGGCAGAGAUCCGCCUGGCAGAAGGACCAGGCCGCUGUGCCGGGAGGGUGGAGGUCCUCCACGACGCGCAGUGGGGGACGGUCUGCGACGACGGCUGGGACCUGAGCGAGGCGAGGGUGGUGUGCCAGCAGCUGGGCUGCGGCAGGGCCGUGGCAGCCCCUGGCCGGGCUCGCUUCGGGCAGGGGACGGGACGCAUCUGGCUGGACGACACGAGCUGCACUGGGACCGAGGACAACCUUGCCCAGUGCCGAGCUCGUCCCUGGGGAGAGAGCAACUGCAACCAUGGAGAAGAUGCUGGCGUGGUGUGUUCAGAUGCCAACAUGACGGAGGAGGUGCAGGUCCGCCUGGCUGCUGGCCCGAACCGCUGUGCCGGGAGAGUGGAGGUGUUCCACCAAGGGCGGUGGGGGACCAUCUGCGACGACAGCUGGGAUCUGAAGGACGCCAAGGUGAUCUGCCGGCAGCUGGGCUGCGGGACGGCCGUGUCGGCCCCGGACUCGGCUCACUUUGGGCAAGGCUUGGACCCCAUCUGGCUGGAUGAUGUGGAGUGCACCGGCAUGGAGACCACCUUCACCCAGUGCAGCCUCGGCGGCUGGGGAGUCCACAACUGCAACCACAAGGAAGACGCGGCCGUCGUGUGCUCAGGCACAAACCCCUUGCAGGUGCGGCUGCAGGACGGCCCCGGUCCCUGCGCGGGGCGGGUGGAGGUGCUCUACAACGCUACCUGGCACGGGGUCUGCAGCAACGGCUGGAGCUUGCUGGAAGCCGAGGUGGUCUGCAGGCAGCUGGGCUGUGGGCCAGCCCAGUCGGCGCCCCUGGGAGCCCAGUUCAGGCAGGAGACCGGCCGUGCCUUGCUGGAGGGGCUGAGCUGCCGGGGGAGCGAGUCCCUGCUCCUGGAGUGCCAGCAGAAGGGGUCCGGGCUGGGGUCCUGCCAGCAGGGCUCGGCGGCCGGCGUGGUGUGCACGAAGCCAAAGGGUGCUUCUCCCUCCUGCGCGGUGCUGAUUGUGCUCCUGGCCCUGGUGAUGCUGCUGAGCGGGGUCCUGCUGUGGCUCAACCUGAAGAGGAGGUGCAUGGCAGCAGCCCAUGCUGGAGCCCGUCAGCACCCCGGGGUCCAGAGCCCUUCAGCGACGUCCUUCCAGCCCAUGGGGGCCAUCUACCUCCCCACCAAGGCAGAAGCCCCCGAGGAUGCCGACACCGAGACGACGCAGCUCAUGAAGGAAGAUGCCCCAUGACACCAGCUCCUGGCCCAGGGGUGGCACCGGCCUCCUGCUGCCCCCCCUUUUUCCUCAACCCACUUUCCUGAAGACUCUAAAGCAGCAGCUGGCGGGCAGGACACUUCAAAACCAGCUGGUACCAGUGACUUACAUGAGGAACCCCAAACCAGCCGACCAAGAGGGGUCUCCCAGUCUGGUGACAUUUAUUUAACUGGCCUUGGUACCACCCGCCCAGCCCCCGCGGCUCAGGAGGAGCCCAAUGGACCUGGCAGGAGGCACAAGGCUGAGCUAAAGGAGCAGAGGAGCAGAAGGAGGGGUGCAAACGAAUUAAAAGGGGGUCCCCAACCCUCCAGGCAUGAUGGGUGUGAGUGCUGGGGGGGGGACACGAAACAAACUGCUUCUGUGCUUCUCUGCCACAGCUUCCCCCAGACCUUGGAUGGAACCAAGACCCCGAGUUCCUGACCACCCCAACUGCCAGAGCUCCAACGUGCAAUUCCCAAUACUCACCCGUCCCACCCGGAUGCAUUUUGAGGUGGCCACAGAGCCCCAUUUUCCUUGCUCCACACCCCCAACCUGCAACCAUCCCUCAGGAACCUCCCUGCUGAGGCUCAUGGGGCACGAGGUGUGCUCUUGCCUGGGAGGUUGCAGUUCUCCACCAGCACUCCAUGCCCAAGGGCAUCCUGAUGCAGAGGGACCUCACCCUCAGGUUCACCUCAGGGUCCAUCAGGUUCACAAACUGAGGGCUGAGUCCCCAAAGCGCCUGAUGGGAGGGGGGCCUGGAGGGUCAAUGAGCAGAGGUCCCAACAGCAGGAGGUGACCUUUGCCGAGGGAACUGAUGCCUUCCCUGACGAAGACUGAAGGAAACAUGGGUAUAUUGUUCCCCGUCCUCUCUACAGCUUCCCCAGGGAUGGACAACAUUCCAAAACUGGGAAAGGUACUGAGCCAGAAGCUUUUCCCCAUAUCUCCUUCUUGUGAUGCUUCAGAGGGGCGGGAGAGUCCCCAGAUUAGGAGUAAAAUCAGAGGCAGAA